AUGGACGAUUUCGAAGAUUGGUUGAAAGACACGGUGUCUGCUACUUCCGAUCAGAACCCAUCCAAAUUUCGAUGUUCGCCGUCUAAUCAAGACAAGAGGCCAAUUCAGUCAUACAAUACCAAUCAGCGACAUAAAAUUGAGAGUGGCAAUGGCCAGCCUUCAAGCCUCGACCAGACAACGAACAACCUGCCACAAUCAAACCCAUCGGGCUUUCAGCACCUCAACGGAACGAACUUUCAUCCCGACCCUACUUCUUUCAACCCACAUGCUCAUCUCUCCGCAUCAUCUACACUCAACUCUCGCCCAUUGAUGCCACCACCAGUCUCGAAUUCUUCGACAAUGUCUCGUCAACAAAAGCGUACGCAUAGCUCCUUUCAAUUCGACAUCUCAAAUAAGGACGCUGAAAAACAGAAGGAUUACGAGAACACAUCACACUUUUUCGGUGUAGAAGAUAAUCAGCGCCAGAAUCAGUACGAUAAUCAGUCGUACUCUGAUUUGAGAUCCGAGUUCCUGCAAAUAAUAAGCAAAUUGAAGGGAGAGUUUGAUACCGAACAAAGGAUAAGGAUGGCCAUUCAACGUGAAUUGGCAGAUAUCAGGAAUGAAUCGGUUACUUAUAUCAAGCCCGCCUUAUUGUUUAGUGAGAAUUGUGCUGAAUUUUUAUCGACCUUCCCACGGCAGAUGAAGGAUGCCAGAGCUGCUUAUGAUGAUAAAGUGAGGAUCUUAGAUAGAAAGAUAGCCGAGCUCGAAACAUUAAAGCAACAGGUACAGGCUGAAAUUAUUUAA